GCGGAAACAACGUUGUACCAUUGGAUAGACGAUUCACCAUGGAUUGGAUGGAGUUAAAUGUCAAAAGCUAUUUUAUCAUAAUCACCAUUGCACCCAAGCUCAUUCCCACUAUUCAGAAAGAAAACUACAUUGCAAUGUACUCUAAGGUAACCGUAACAAUCACACCUGGCUACGGAGCUGCAAAUGUAACAGUAAAAAACCGGAAGACAUGGGAUUGUAAUUUAACAUUUUCUCAAGAUUUGGAAAAUCCUGAGAUGCAUAUUGAUAUCUAUGGACUAGUAGAUAAGCGUUUUUCCCGACGAUUUUUUAAAGUAUCAUUCAAAACCUGCAAUCUCCAUCGAAUAUUAGGAACCAGUCCAUUUCUCAGGGUAACCGCAAAUAUGCUUAAGGAACGUUCAAAUAUGAGCCUCGAAUGUCCGAUGCCUGCAGGGAAGUACUAUGUGCGAAACAUGGGACUGGAAACGGAUUUGAUUCCCUUGGCAUUAUUUUAUACGCCCAACAGCACUGAUAUUGUCGAUGUUUUAUUAACCGCAGAAAAAGAUAAAGAUAGAAAAGUUACGGUUUUGCACACGUUGAUGGAAACUAAAAUUUUAAAAAUGAAAAGUAGAAAGUCACCAAAAAAGAAUUAG